UCAUCGUGACGGUGAUGAUCGCAAAUAUAAUCGCAAAAAUUGUAAACAAACUAGUGUGGCUGAGGUCACUUGCACUCCCUAUGUAUAUGUUCGUAAAAACCAGAAACGAGAUGAAGAACCGUGCUCAACUGACAUAGAUCCGACCCCAACUGAUAUUGACGAUAACCAUCAUCAUGGUGAAGAAGAUGAAGAAGAUGAUCCCAAUGGCUAUCGCAACCAUAAGGAAAAUGACGACGAUGAUUACGAACACAAACAACAUCAUCACGAAGAGGAUGACGACGCCGACGGUGCCGAAACUUCAACCCCAUGCGCGGAUGAUCCAACCCCAACUGAUGUUGACGUUGACGACGACGACAACGGCUACGGAAAAUACCGCCAUCACCGCCACCAUCACG